AUGAAGUUUGGCGUGCUGGGCUGGCUGCUGGCAGUCUGUGCCCAAAGCCGCAGUCUUGGGAAGACCAGCCUGCGAUCCCUGGAGUAUGCGCGCAAGGUGCAAGCGGCUCUGACAGAAGAACGUCGUGGAGGUUGGGAUGAUUUCGACGACCAGGAAGAGCUAGACCUGAGCACUGUAGCCACAGGUCGGAAGUUCAGCCAGCCAGCGAUCUCGCUUCGGGAGUCGAUGUUGUGCCAGACUCAGCAAUGCGAAAAGGUGCGAAAGUGCAUUGAUUGCCCGACGGCCAUGGAGCUUUGUGCGCUGCAGACACUCAAUGCCGGCUCGCCCGCUGGCUGCCUAGAUGGGGCUGUUGAUACCGGGGAGAUUGGUCUGGUGCUGAUGUGCGGGAAGACGAUUUCGAUCGCAGUGGAGAGGAUUUGGCAUUGCACAGAAGACGACCAUUUGACAGUCCAACGGCCUGUCGCAUCAGCGCCCAAGCAGUCGGUUGCCUCGCUGGUGAAUCCGGAUGAUGUUCCAGCUGAAGACGACCCCGAGCUUGCGAACUUGGAGAGAUCGGUGCUGAAGCUGGUGAACCAGGGGGCGAUGCCCGGAAUGGUCGCCUUUAUUGAAGAAGUCCGGACGAUCCUUGACAACAAAAUGAGAAAGGAGCUCUACGAACAGCACAAUGCCACAACGAGGGCUCUUGCUGCCCAGUACGAGUCCGUCCUGAAGUGCUUGGUCGAGGACGUUGAGAGUUACAAGAAUGCCUCAACGGCGGAGAACUUCUCUCGCUACAGCGCGGACGGCUUCCGACUACCUGCUUUGGCAAACGAGCACAGGAAUUGCCGCCAGAUCCAGGCAAAGGUGCGAGUGUACUGGGAGGACAUGGAAGAGCUGGCGAAGGAUGCCAAGGCGCGGAUGGAGGUCCUGUGCGCAUACUAUGCGGGCAACGAGACCUCCCGAACCUUCCCUGUCGGAACGUCCAGGGACUGUCUUUUCAACACAGACCGCUACCCUGCAGUCAGUGGUACAAGGUAUAUUGAUUUCCUGAAAGACCAGCUGGCUUGGUGGGACAAAGAGUACAUGAAGAUCCGCGAGUCGCGUGAGCGGUGUGAGCGCGCCAAGCAGGACGUGGCGGAGUUUGAGCGAAACGCCGCUGAAGCCAAGAAUGCCUUCGACCAGACUUUGGCCUUCUGCGCCAAGUCGCAGGACACCUUGGACGAGGCUUCGUGUUCGUAUAAGGCCGCAGUCAAGGAGAAAUGCCGCGAAGCGGGGGGCUGUGUCGAUGGCAACUGGACUAUCUACAACCGCACUCUCCAACAAGCAAAGGUGGAGGAAACCUUCAUGAAGGCCCAGAUGAGAGCAGUGAUGCGUAUCCACUGCUACCUGGGUGUCUUCGAGUUGAAGGAUGUCGCGGCUGGGAUAGAGACGUGCAAGGGCAAGGUGGGCGGGAUGGCUUGGGCAGGUUGGUCCCUUAAGAUGUCCACCUGA